AUGACAAAACGCCGUGCUUCAAAUAAAAAACCGACGGGUUUAAACAAAUCUUUGGGUAAUUCAUUGAGCAACGACAGGGACAAAAUUAGGAAAAGCCAUCGACGUGCCAAAUACGAUGGAAACGAAAUCGAAAAUCCAGCAUUCGCCGAGCACGAAGAAAUGCAUUAUAUCGAUUCCGUAACGGACGAAACAAGUUUGGAGGAAUUUCUUGCGAAAGCCCAACUGGCUGGAACAGAGUUCACUGCCGAAAAACAGCAGUUUAAGAUUAUUGAAAGGAAUUCGGCUGUUAUCGUUCCCUUAAGAGUUGAUUAUCGUAACAACAUCGAGCUCCAAAAGCAGAAUGAGUAUCGUCUGCGGAUUCCUCGUCGACCAGCAAAGGAGCUAUGGGAAAAUAUGGAAGAGCUUACGAAACUGGAAAAUGAGACGUUUCUUCAAUGGAGAUCCGAACUGAGUGAGCUGCAAGAGGUUGACGGGCUUGUAUUAACUCCAUUUGAAAGGAAUCCAGAUAUGUGGAGAGAGCUUUGGAGAGUUGUUGAGAAAAGCGAUGUUGUUGUACAGAUUGUCGACGCUCGCAAUCCGCUCCUUUUCAGGAGUAAAGAUCUUGACAAUUAUGUAAAAGAAGUUGAUCCUGCGAAACAAAUUCUUCUCCUUGUCAAUAAAGCAGAUUUGCUAAAACCCGAGCAGCUUAUAAUGUGGAAAGAAUACUUCGAUAAGGAAAAUAUCAAUGUUAUGUUUUGGUCUGCUUUGGAUGAUCACCUGGAAAAAGUCGAUGAAGAAGAUGCUAGUGGAGAAAUCGUCCCUUCAACUUCAAAAACGCCACUUUACAUUACUAGUCGUGACGAACUUAUCGAUCGGUUGAAGAAAAUUGGCCAUGCUUCUGAUGAACCUUCGGCAAGGCCGGUAAUGGUGGGAAUGGUUGGAUAUCCCAAUGUCGGCAAAAGUUCAACGAUCAAUAAAAUUGCCGGAGGAAAGAAAGUAUCAGUAUCGGCUACACCCGGAAAGACAAGACAUUUUCAAACAAUUCAUAUUGAUAGUCAACUUUGUUUAUGUGAUUGUCCUGGAUUAGUGAUGCCAUCUUUUUCGUUUGGAAGAAGUGAAAUGUUCUUAAAUGGAAUUUUGCCAGUGGAUCAGAUGCGCGAUCAUUUUUCACCGACAUCGUUAUUGUUAUCGCGAGUACCUGUCCAUGUAAUCGAAUCGAUGUACUCUAUCAUGCUCCCCGAAAUGGAAAAUCCAUCAGCUGUGAAUUUGUUAAAUUCUCUGGCGUUCAUGCGAGGUUUCAUGGCCUCAUCGGGGGUACCAGAUUGUUCAAGGGCGGCUAGACUCCUAUUAAAGGAUGUAGUAAACGGACGGAUGGUUUGGGCUGCCGCCCCUCCUGGUGUUGAUCAAGAAGAAUUCGACAAAAUUACAUAUCCGGAGAAAAAGGCAACCGAUGUUGGUCGCGUACAGAUGGAGAAGCUAGCAAAGCUUCACCUGUUAGAGAGCGACAACCUCAAAUCAAAGCAGUUCGAUAAUCAGUUCUUCUCGGGGGCUGUCGGAGUCGCACAUGUUAAGGAUUCGAAAUCGCUACAGCGAAGACUUUCAACUGCGGUUCCUUCUGGACCAGUUGAAUCUAAUGGAAAGAAACAUUUCAAAGGAAAAAAGGAUAAAUUAAGAAAGAUAUAUGUAGAAUAA